UUCUUGGCACUACAUGGAAGCAUCUUUGGCACGCUGAGUAAGGUGAUUGGCCGGAGGAGGUUGGAUUUGUCCGGCAUGCUUGCUUGCCUGCAGAGGACCCCACACAUGAGCUGAGAUAGAAGCGAGCUCUCAUCACAAGAGGCCUGUCCAGUCCAGGUUGGAGAAUCUCCUUCCUCCUCUUCCUCCCCUGCCUCGCUAGAUAUAACAAACCAUGCCGGCCUACUUGCCAGCUCGCAGUCCCAGCAGAGACCAGAGCCUCCGGAAACCGCAGCCUCUUGGCCUUUGCUUCCUCGCUUAUCUGGCGUACAGGCUAAGCUAGAGAGGGAGGGAGGGAGAGCUCGCCGUUUCCGACCCAUCGGCAGCGCCGGAGAUCCUGAAAAGAGUGCCAGCUGAGUACCUCCUGCUGCUCGAAUUUUCUCGUGGGACAGACAAUUUUCAGAUAAGGACGUCAGGGAGCAUCAUGGACGACAGGGAGCAGAUGAGGAUGACCGUCCUGAACCAAGAACAGGUCUUCAGACAUCAGGUACCGACGAAACGAGCACCUGCAGUCUGCGCACACGUACAGUACACGAGCUGCACCGGCUGUACCACGUCCAGAAGCAGCUGAUGAUGCAGCAGGCACACACGCCUGCUCCGGCGACCCGUGCUCCAGCAGUGCUCGACGACGCCAAGGCCAAGCCAAGAAGACCGCACCUAGACAUCUGGUGCAGCGAGACGGCGAGAAACCCCCCUCAGCAACGGAUCAUCAGCUUCAACACGGCCACAGCACCGGCACCGGCACCGGCACCGGCGCCUGCAAGGGCCGAGGACUGCAACCUUGAGCUGACACUGGCAACGGGACGACCGAGCAGCAGCAGCGGUAGCAGCAGCUGUGACGCCGGAAGGCGGCGGGGGAAGCGGCUCAAGGUGUCAACCAACUCGGACUCCGGCGCCACCGCGGUGUCGUCCACGUCGACGGACUCGGAGCUGGCGCAGUUCGGGGACAUCGACGCGGCGAAUCUGCCGGUGGUCAGGUUUCAGGGCGAGGUUACUAGGAGGAUGGGCGAGGUGGGGCAGGGCCCGUGGAUGUACCGGUGCCUGAGCUUGAAGACCGCGUGACGAGUUUGUGCUGUAUGUAGUUGUAGGUAGGAAAUGGGGAGUUGCGGUUGUAGAGUUCAGACUUGAGAGGAUUGAGAAGGAGACACAUCACAUGUCUUGUGUUUUACAUGCACGGAUUGGGAUCCUCGGCAGUCGACUGCUCUCACGCAUCAACACCGGUAGACUCCAACUGUCAGCCUCCUGGCAGUCAACUGCGCGACUGCCGAGUAUCCGGAUCCUACAUGCAUAUGCACCACAGAGGUGUUUCAGAAGAUCAAAAAGAGAGAAAGGAACAAAGGUAAAUUGUGGCACCAAGUGGUAUUGAUAGCAUUGAUGAUUUCGAUUA